AUGUUCAAGUUGCACCCUGGUCGCUGUGCCAAUUCCCACUUCUUCCGAUCCCAUCUUCCAUGUAGACGAACGCUCUUUGGGCUCCCAGACUUAUCUUCAUUGAGUCCCUUCGUCAAUGCUGACAGCAACCCUGAACCCCAGAAGUACCAUGAACGCAAAAUUCUACCUUACAAUCGACGCCAGCUGUAUGAGGUCGUGGCUAAUGUGGAAUCUUACCCACUCUUCGUGCCAUUCUGCACGGGAUCACGGAUACUACACUCUUCACGAGGCGAUAGGACGAAACCCACUACGAUGGACGCGGAAUUAAGCGUUGGCUUCCUCGUGUAUCAAGAAAGCUACGUCAGUAAAGUGACAUGUAAACCGUAUGAAUUCGUUCAGGCCGAUGCAUCCUCUUCGAGUCCACUUUUCAAAACUCUGACUACACUAUGGCAAUUCCAGCCCGUACCCCCCACUUCUCCCCGUCACGGUGGCAUCCCUUCAAACGAUGCGACAGACGAACACGCUUCGCCCAGUCUGGUCUCGCUGGAUCUGACAUACGCGUUCGCGAGUCCCCUUCACGCGUCCAUUUCCGCUGCAUUCUUCGGACAAGUUUCUAAGCUCAUGGUGCGCGCCUUCGAAGAGCGUUGCUUGGCGGUAUACGGUCCUGGACGGGAGUGA